AACAUAGGAAGAGGAAUCCGGCAACUGAGGACCAUCUCAGGGUCCACUGAGGACCAAGGAUCCUCUCUCCGGACCUGCAGUUCAGCUAUUCACCACUUUCCGCGUUUCUUUUGCAUUUGCAACCUUCUUCCUCCCCUCCCUUCGCUCUUCUCGUCCCGCUGACCGCAUGGAAGCUGAAGCCAUCAGCAGCCGUAGCAGCAACCCCAGCUGCGCCGGUGGAACCGCCCCCUCUCCGCCACCAGUUCCCCUGCUGACCCCCAAAACCGUUCCCAAAGCCUGCGAGGCGACUCCGUGUCUGACGACGACCUUCGUCCAGGCGGACAUAUUCUCAUUCAAGAAGGUGGUACAGAUGCUCACGGGCUCUGCCGAUACGGCGGUCGCGGCAGCCUCAGCGCCGAUGGAGCAGCCCCCUCCUCCUGCGGGGAAAGCGACCGGCCCCAAAAAACAGGCUUUCAAGCUCUACGAGCGACGGAACGGCCUCAAGAACUUCAAGAUGCUUAGCCCCCUCCUGCCGACGUUCAUGAGCUCGAUUCUCAACCCCCCUAGCAGCGGCGCCUCUGCUGGAUCCUCUCCGCGGAAGCAACCAGAGGCCCUCUCGCCCAGCACGCUGGAAUUUCCCUCCUUGGCGCUGAGCCCGGUGACGACCCUGAUCCCGGAUCCCUUCAGCCGGCCGCUGCACCCGAGCUCGGAGGCCGCCAAGAGGGCUGAGGACCGAGCCAUUGCCGGAAAGGGGUUCUACCUCCACCCCUCGCCUCGUGCUAUGGCCGACAUAGAGCCGCCACGGUUGCUGCCUUUGUUCUCGUCUGAGUUAUCUCUGGCCACGCCUCACCCUGUAGUUUGAUUCCUAGGCUAAUUUUCAAUUCCUGCUCUUGUUGCUUCCGUUGUAUGAUUUGACCUUUUUAAUCCACGACGGAUCGAGAUUUGCCAUA